AUGACUGACUCUACAAUGUCUCUAAAUAUACUCACAGUUACUCUCAACUUGGACGCCACCGUCAACUUCCUCGGCAUCAGCAUCGUUGGCCAAUCGACACGAACUGGUGGGGACGCCGGUAUCUACGUUGGCUCGAUUAUGCGUGGAGGCGCUGUCGCCAGAGAUGGCCGCAUCGACCCAGGUGACAUGCUGCUUGAGGUCAAUGGGAUCAGUUUCGAGGGUAUGACAAACGACGGUGCAGUUCGUGUCCUCAGGGACCAGGUUCAGAAGCCGGGGUGUGUACAUUUCAUAAUAUCACUUGACAACAGCAUGGAUUUGCUAGCGGUUGCCUGGAAUUUCAUGUUCACCAGAUCUACUGCCACUUGGCCUCUUUUAGGGUAUCCGUAUGUGAUGCGCUUGAGGUGGGGAGCUGAUACCACCGUUGUCUCGUUUCAUGACCGGUUGACACACAAGGCUCAUUGGUUGAUUCAGGAUUUCACGAGCACUCAUGCAUGCCCACAUACAAGUUGGCCUAACGCGACUGAACUUUCAAAUUGUUCGGAGUUGCCCGGGCUGCCUUGCUCUGGCUCUUACUCUUGA